AACGUAACCACGUGGUUCACCAAAAUAACACGGGUGGGCUUUAGGGGGCGACGCUGCUGCACUUUUAUACUUUUUUAUGAAUAAUUUACGCUUCCGCAAGGGUCAUCUUCAUCAAUCAUUUAUUCGACUCGUUUACACGUUAAAUUGAGCUUGAAUUAAACCAAAAUCCGGGUGACCUUUGAUAGCUUUAGCCGCUGGGGAGGAGCGCCGGCGGUUGUGUUAUCAGCGUUAGCUCCGUGUGUUAGCUCUGUGGGUUAGCUCCGUGUGCUAGCCUCCUCCAGCAGCUGCGCAGGUUUCAGGAAGCGCAGCCCGCAGAGGAGCGCUCCAACGCGGCUAUGGCUUCCCUUGGUAACUCCGGGGCCAGCUCCAGUCCCAUGGUGAUCCUGGCGCCCAAAACCAAGACGAAGAAGAAGCAUUUUGUCCAGCAGAAGGUGAAGGUUUUCCGAGCCAGUGACCCGGUGAUCAGCGUGUUUAUGUGGGGCGUAAAUCAUUCGGUAAAUGAUUUGAGCCAGGUGCCUGUACCAGUGAUGCUGCUUCCAGAUGACUUUAAGGCCAACACCAAGAUCAAGGUCAACAACCAUCUUUUUAACAAAGAAAACCUCCCAGGACAUUUUAAGUUUAAGGAGUACUGCCCUCAGGUUUUCAGAAAUCUGCGGGAGCGUUUUGGUAUCGAGGACUUGGACUAUCAGGUAUCUCUGACGCGUAGCCCCCCUCUCAGUGUGGAGGCCCAGGGCGAGGGGCUGCUCCUAAACUCCUACGACAAAACUCUAGUGAUUAAACAGAUCUCAAGUGAAGACGUGGCCGACAUGCACAAUAUCCUGUCCGAGUAUCAUCAGCACAUAGUGAAGUGCCACGGGAGCACGCUGCUGCCUCAGUUCUUGGGCAUGUACAGAGUGAGUGUGGACAGUGAGGAGACAUAUCUAAUCGUCAUGAGGAACAUGUUCAGCCAUAGACUCGUGGUGCACCGCAAGUACGACCUCAAGGGCUCUCUUGUGUCUCGAGAAGCAAGUGACAAAGAAAGGGUGAAAGAGCUUCCCACAUUUAAAGACAUGGACUUCAGGAACAAUAUGCAGAAGGUGUAUGUGACAGAGGAGGAGAAGGAGAAGUUUAUGGAGAAACUCAACAGAGAUGUGGAGUUCCUUGUUAAAUUGAAAAUCAUGGACUACAGUUUGCUGCUGGGGAUUCAUGAUGUGGGCCGUGCUGAGCGAGAGGAGGAGGAGGGGGAGGAGGUACAGAACGAGGAAGAGCAGGAGACGGAGAACGGUCUAGCGCCCUCUUCUGCCGUAGUGGGGUCAUACGGUAACUCCCCUGAAGGCAUCGCGGGUUACAUGUCGUCUUACAAAGCACUGGGUCCUGGAGAGUAUGAUCCUUAUGUGGACGUGUACGCCGUUAAGAGCUGUUCAGGAGCCCCACAGAGGGAGGUAUACUUUAUGGGUCUGAUCGACGUUCUGACUCAAUAUGACACUAAGAAGAAAGCAGCGCACGCCGCCAAAACAGUUAAACAUGGGGCCGGUGCUGAGAUCUCCACGGUGCACCCUGAACAAUACGCCAAACGAUUCAGAGAUUUCAUUUCAAAUAUUUUUGCCUAAAAGCUCCACAAACGCUGCCAGACUCCUGUAAACAUCUGCACAAUCGGACCAUUCUGUGUCUAGACUCCAACUGUAGCAAUGUGAUAUGUAAGACUUCUGAUGCAUUCUCUCUAUUUAUUUUAGAUGAAUAUUUCUUAAAAUGGUCAUAAGAUUUAAGCAAUAACAUGUAUGGGACUGUUGAUCAGUGUGUAGUGUUAAAUUACUUUAGUCUUUCCACUGCAAAAAAAAACAAAUAUAUGAAGUUAAACAUGACUUGAAUUCAAAAUAUGAAUCUUGAUUUUAGCUGUUUUGACUAGUUUAGAUUAAUCCAUUUAUUAAGUUAAAGCUGCGCUAUCUAACUUUUUUUGAAAACUUGGGACAUUAAACCAUUAAUAACAUAGACUGUAUAUAUAAAUGGACAUAGCUAACCUGCUAGCCUCUGCGUUCCAAAUGGGAAGUGAUCAUGGGCACGCUUCCAGGUCCAUCGACUCUCGCUCCAAUUCACUUUACAUUGAAAAACUGUGGACCCUCUCUCUAUAACUGCUGCUGUCAGACUUGUCAUUUUGGUCUUAAAACGUUCGCUUUAACCCUAAUAAUAAUCUACAUGAUCUUGGGUUUUUUAUUUCACCAUUUUGUUUGUAAAUCAAGAUAUGAACAUUAAUAACAGACAAAUCAGGCACCGUCUUCCCCCGAGGUCACUCCCGCUAGUGUUAGGAACAGGUUUGAUGGGUGACUUCACACUCACUUAGUCUAUUUCUUUAUACAGUCUAUGUUUAAAAACAAGUUCUGUAGGUAAAUAAAUCUAAACUAGUCAAAGCUACUUAAAGUUCAAGUCAAACAGACGGAUAUUUUUGCAGUAUAGUCUUUACAGACGUGUAUAGACUUUCUCUGUGUCUUUGUCUUAGUUGUAGCUGACUAAAAUCAUGGAGGCAGGUCAUUUCAACGUGUUUAGUGCCAAAUCUGUUGCGUAAUUCAUUAAAUUUAGUGUUUGCACAUAGCGAUAUUUAAUUCCAUCUGCUAAUUAAGGGAGGUAAAGGCUAAAAUAAAA